GGCGGACGUCUGUGAAGAUUCACACUUCUGCGUUCAUGGUUAAUUUUACUUUUUUUUUCCAAAAUGCCAUCGUUUGGUCAGAUUAUCAUAGGGCCACCGGGCUCUGGAAAAAGCACAUUUUGUGCUGGGAUGAGCGAAUUUUUAACAAACUUGGGUCGAAAAGUGGCUGUUGUCAAUCUCGAUCCUGCGAACGAUUCGCUGGGCUAUAAAUGUGCCAUAGACAUUUCCACUCUCAUCACUCUCGAUGACGUGAUGGAGAAUCUUAAGCUUGGUCCAAAUGGUGGGCUUAUCUAUUGCAUCGAAUAUCUCGAAAAAAAUCUUGACUGGCUGGAGAGAAAGCUGAAAGAUCUUAAAGGAUAUUACUUCUUGUUCGACUGCCCAGGCCAAGUUGAAUUGUACACUCAUCAUACAUCUGUGAGAAAUGUAGUCAGGCAGCUUGAAAAGUGGGACUUCAGACUGGCUGCAGUCCAUCUUGUUGAUUCACAUCAUUGUAGCGAUCCAACAAAGUUUAUUUCUGUUCUUCUUACAUCCUUGUCGACCAUGAUUCAUGUUGAGCUUCCUCAUGUGAAUGUCCUGUCCAAGAUUGAUCUGGUAGAACACUAUGGAAAACUAGCAUUCAAUUUAGACUUUUACACAGAUGUUUUGGAUCUGAAUUUUCUCCUGGAUCACAUCAAGGAUGAUCCAUUUACUCAAAAGUACAAAAAGCUGAAUGAAGCAUUAGUGGGUUUAGUUGAGGAUUAUGGCCUGGUGUCUUUUAAAACACUAGAUAUACAGUCAAAAGAGAGUAUGCAUCAGGUGACCAAAUCUAUUGAUCAGGCUAACGGUUAUGCUUUUGGUGAACUGGAGGAUGACCGAGGGAACUUCAGUCAGCUGAUGUCUUCUGCUGUAGGAACAGAUUUUGAAUUUUUUAGGACAGCAGCAAUUCAAGAGAAGUACAUGAAAGACGGGGACGAAAACACCUAGAACAAUAAUCGCCCGGUAGUGUUUAUUAAGGACAUUUGUCGCGCUUUGGAUGUGAACGGACUCGAUGUGGUGUAACGAAAAGAUGACGGCAAGACCUUGAAUCGCCAAGAUGUUUCUUUGCAACAAGAUCUAGUUUAAAGGAAGUGGUGACACGCCGUUAACCCCUAGCGUCUAAUUUCUCAUUCUAAACAUUAGAGUCACGAGAAGAAAGAAAAUGAUCACAAACUAAAGAAGCCCUUGAUUGUUCUACAAAUUCUCCUUGUCAGCACCUUAGGAAAUGUAUAGAGAACAGUAUGGAGAAUAUACAUACUGACGUUAAGCACACCGAGGGUAAAGGUGCCAGUAAAGACUUGACUGCUCACCAUAUUAUGUGGUCCUCUAGCACUGUGCAGAGUUUAUCACAGACUCCUAGGCAAAUUAGUUAAUAUUUAUAUAAGUAGUGCGGAGAGCCGAUGUUUUGUAGAACGCGUAUUAGCACUGACAGCUAAACGUCACAAAGGUGGAAAAAUUCGUCUUCGAAGCCAUUUCUUUUUUCCAUUUGUUUCUAUUACCUAGUAAUUAGAAGUGGACUUUGAAGAUUAGCGUAGACAUGGGACGGGAAUGACUAGCCAUUAUUGAGUAUCUAGUAGAUUCUUCGGAUCCGCGUGUUUUCGCAUACCUGAAUUCUAAGAUUUGUUUCUCAAGGACUUAAAUUGUAGCACCCCUGGUCUAUCCUUCUCCUUGCCACUCUAAGGAGUAUAAACCAUCAACAACCUUCCUAAUGAAACCACUCCAAGCUCUAUAGGUGUUGAUUGUAGUUUAUUUUUUUAUGUUAAAUACGACCGUUUUUAUCUCGAUAAAGGAUAACGAGAGACAAAACUUCA